AGAAAGAAAAGAAAAAUAAGAAUAUUGGUGCCACUGUUGGCCCACACUAAGUAGAGAUGGCGUUUUGCAUUGCAUUAGUAUCACUCACUCACUCGCGCUCACGCGUGAUCGCCCAACUUCCUUCUUUCUUUUGGAAUGCUAUGCAAUUGCAAGCACCGCCCAUUCAUACUCUCUCUGUCUAUGGCUAAAGCAAAUCCACUUCCUCAAAUUCACUCUAUUUUCUGUGCCAAACCCUAACAAAGUUUUUCCGCAUCUACCUGAUUCCUAUGGCUGAGGAGAGAGGUGAGAUCAAUGGCGGUUUCUCCAUGGACUCCACCGAAUCGCGUUGGGUUAUCCAAGAGGACGACGAGGAUGCGUCCGAUUUGGAGAACUACGACGCCGAUUUGAGAUUGAGACGCCACGCUAGUACGCUUGAUUCCGACGACGACGAUAAUGCCGAACAGAGACUCAUUCGCACUGGUCCUCGAAUCGAUUCCUUCGACGUCGAGGCUCUUGAAGUCCCCGGCGCUCAUAGAAGUGACUAUGAGGAUAUCAGUGUGGGAAAGAAAAUUGUAUUGGCUUUUCAGACACUUGGUGUGGUCUUCGGGGAUGUUGGAACCAGUCCACUAUAUACCUUCAGCGUUAUGUUUAGAAAGGCCCCUAUUAAUGGAAAUGAAGAUAUUCUUGGAGCAUUAUCACUUGUCUUGUACACUUUAAUCUUGAUUCCCUUAGUGAAGUAUGUCCUUGUGGUUCUGUGGGCCAAUGAUGAUGGUGAAGGUGGUACUUUUGCCUUGUACUCAUUGAUCUGUCGUCAUGCAAAGGUGAGUCUUCUCCCGAAUCAGUUACCAUCAGAUGCCCGUAUAUCAAGCUUUAGGCUGAAGGUGCCAUCCCCUGAGCUUGAAAGGUCACUAAAAAUUAAGGAAAGGCUUGAGAGUUCUCUGACGCUGAAGAAGACUCUACUCAUAUUAGUGCUUGCUGGUACUUCUAUGGUGAUUGCUAAUGGUGUUGUUACACCAGCAAUGUCAGUACUGUCAUCUGUUGGUGGUUUAAAAAUUGGAGUAGAUGCAAUCAAGCAAGAUGAAGUAGUGAUGAUUUCGGUUGCCUGCCUUAUCAUUUUGUUCAGUGUACAGAAGUAUGGAACAAGCAAGGUGGGACUUGCAGUUGGACCUGCUUUGUUCAUAUGGUUUUGUUCUCUUGCGGGCAUUGGGAUCUACAAUCUUGUCAAAUAUGACAGUAGUGUCUUGAGGGCAUUUAAUCCGAUUCACAUCUACUAUUUCUUCAAGAGGAACUCAACUAAAGCAUGGUAUUCUCUUGGGGGUUGUCUUCUGUGUGCAACUGGUUCUGAGGCCAUGUUUGCAGAUCUUUGCUACUUUAGUGUACGAUCAGUUCAGCUUUCAUUUGUCUUCCUUGUUUUGCCUUGCCUACUAUUGGGUUAUUUGGGUCAAGCAGCAUACCUUAUGGAAAACCAUGCUGAUGCUGGUCAGGCGUUUUUUUCUUCUGUUCCAAGUGGUGCAUUCUGGCCAACCUUCCUUAUUGCUAACAUUGCUGCACUGAUUGCAAGUAGGGCCAUGACAACAGCAACAUUUUCAUGUAUAAAGCAAUCAACUGCACUUGGUUGUUUCCCUCGUCUUAAAAUUAUUCAUACCUCUCGGAAAUUUAUGGGCCAGAUCUAUAUCCCUGUCUUAAACUGGUUCCUCUUGGCUGUUUCUCUGGUGCUUGUCUGCUCUAUAUCCAGCAUUGAUGAGAUUGGCAAUGCCUAUGGCAUUGCUGAGCUUGGGGUGAUGAUGAUGACUACUAUUUUAGUGACCCUUGUUAUGCUUCUUAUAUGGCAGAUAAACAUCAUCAUAGUUUUGAGUUUCUUGGUUAUCUUCUUGGGAUUGGAGUUGACUUUCUUUUCAUCUGUUUUGUGGAGUGUGACAGAUGGAAGUUGGAUAAUAUUGAUCUUUGCCAUAAUAAUGUUUCUUAUAAUGUAUGUAUGGAAUUAUGGAAGCAAUCUCAAAUAUGAGACUGAAGUCAAGCAAAAGCUGUCAACAGAUUUGAUGCUAGAAUUAGGUUCUAAUCUUGGGACAAUACGAGCUCCUGGAAUUGGUUUACUUUAUAAUGAGUUGGUCAAAGGAAUACCAGCAAUUUUUGGUCAUUUUCUGACCACACUUCCAGCGAUACACUCCAUGAUCAUAUUUGUGAGCAUCAAGUAUGUUCCAGUUCCUAUGGUGCCUCAAAGUGAAAGGUUCCUUUUUCGGCGAGUCUGCCCAAAAAGUUAUCAUAUAUUUCGUUGUAUUGCCAGAUAUGGUUACAAAGAUGUUCGGAAAGAAAAUCACCAGACUUUUGAGCAGCUGCUGAUUGAGAGCCUAGAGAAAUUUAUACGUCGUGAAGCUCAGGAGAGAUCACUGGAGAGUGAUGGGGAUGAAGAUUCUGAUUCAGAAGAUGAGUACCCUAGUUCUAGGGUUCUAAUUGCUCCCAAUGGCAGUGUUUACUCACUUGGUGUUCCUCUUCUCGCUGAUUUUAAGAAUACAAGCAACCCCAUUUUAGAAGCAAGCACAUCAGAGGUAAGCUCAGUAUCCCCUAACCACCCAGUGUUUGAUGCUGAGCAGAGCCUUGAGAGGGAAUUAUCUUUUAUUCACAAGGCUAAAGAAUCCGGAGUUGUUUAUCUUCUGGGUCAUGGGGAUAUAAGGGCAAGGAAAGACUCAUGGUUUAUCAAGAAGUUAGUUAUAAAUUACUUUUAUGCCUUCUUGAGAAAGAACUGCAGGAGGGGGAUCACGACUUUAAGUGUACCCCACUCGCAUCUGAUGCAAGUUAGCAUGACUUACAUGGUUUGAAAAUCAAUUUUGCUGCCAAAUAAAACAAAUGGCAAUUUACUGAGAAGUUACUGUUUAAUAGCAGUGAAUGGGAAUCUGGAAAGGUUUUACUUUGGAAUACACAGUUUGAAAUGUUCGCUUGAUCCUUUCUAGUCGUUUGGAUCUCCCAGUUGUUUCAUAUAUUUCCAUUCCAGAAUUUGUCCUGAUGUUCGUUAUGGUUGUGGGUUCACACCAUCUGCAUACUUGGAAUUGGAAAAGGCUGAUAACAAACAUAGUUAUCAUCUAUACACAAUUGUGCAUGUAUCAAAUUCCACUUAAAUGUAAGAACCAUGGACACCGGGUAUUGUACAGAGUCAUUUGAUUGCCCUUCAUCUUAUUCUUCUAUCGCU